GUUAGAUAACGUUUAUACGAAAUCCUAUGUGGAGGCUCGCUCAUUUUGGUCGUGAAUCUCGCGUGUUCACGUCAAAAUGAAUCAUAUCUUAUCUGUGGAAUGAAGGUAAAACGGAGGAUUAAUUGUGAAACACAAAUGGUAAACAUUUAAAAUAAAAAAAUAUUGUUACUUUUAGAAAAAAAACUAUGCUUACCAAGCAAUUUUUGAGGGAAGUCAAAAAGUGCGUCGUCUCCUUACUAGAUUCGCGGGCAACAAUGUAUGCGCAUGCGCAUUGUGCAACGCCUUAGGGAUUUUAAAAAAUGUAAUUACAUUUUAAAAAUAUAAAUUAUGUGCCUAGUAUUAUCAAGAAUCAUACAAAUGUAAGGUUGUGUAGUUACCGUUAAAAAAAAUUGUUAAUUUAAGAACGCAUUUCAUGACGUCAUAACUUUUUUUAAACAACCGUUGUUUGAAGCGCGAAUUCUGACUGAACCGAAGAUUGGAGUAACGGUAGGCAGUAUGUUUGCGUUAAUUAAAUGGGUGGAAGAUGGGAAAUUCUCAAUUCUGCCCACAGAACAUAUCAGAGAAUUUGAUGAAGAUAAGUAUGCCAUGCAUUUGGAGGAAAAGUACGUAUAUUUGGUGGAAUGGCGCCAAGGCAAGGAGCCUAAAGGCGGGUGGCCGGUCUAUGAGGCUUCCAUUAUUAAGAUAGCAGAAAGGGAAAGGACUUUACAAAUAAAACUUCAGGAAAUUCAAGCCAAGAUACCCAAGCCACAUAAUCUUAAGAGAAAGAGUAAACCUUCAAUGAAGCUGUUACAGGCGGCAGAGACAGAGAUGACAGAGGAACCAGUAGCUAAGAAAAAGGCACACUUAACGCCAGACGUACAUGAUCUAAAGGUGUGGAAUGAAAAAAAAAUUGAGCAUCUACAGCGCGUAAUAAAGGAGCUGAGAGAAGAGAACAUGGCUAUAAGAAAAGAGAAUGAGAGACUGAAAAAUAAAAUACUUGAAAAAAUCCCUCCUCUCCUUCUGGCUACAGAGCACUUACUUAGGGAGCCCAUUAAAUCAAGUGCAGAUGAAAUUGAUGUGCCAAAGCCUUCAUCUUUUAAUCCUGUCUCAGUUGCUCCUAAAACGCCAAAGCCUUCAUCUCUGAAACCUGUCUCAAUUGGUCCUAAACCUGUGGAAUCAAAUGAUGAUGUCACUGAUGUGCUGAAAGCUCCACUCAAGACUCCCCCGUCUGGUGCUGCUCAAUGUUCUAGUGAUGCUGACUAUGUGGAGUUAGGUCAUGGCACAGGCAUCAAAGUUUUGAGGCAUCAAUGGACUUCAGCCCUGCAUGCCCCAACGGCCACUUCAAUGGUCCGUGUUCUUUUAAUGGCCGCUUUCCCACUGGAUGUGCUUAUCCACAGCAAUUUGAAAGGAGGCAAGAGCAAAACCAACAAUGGUUCAGACAGAAGAAGUGCCCUUGACAAGGCAACCAUGGCAGCCAUAUAUAUGGCAGUUAAGAAAAGAUUCCCAAACGUUUCCAAUGGAGCUUUGGGGAUUGCAGUAAAUUCAAAACUGGGGGAACUGAGACUGCUUGAAAAAAAACAAACAUAUUUAGUUUAAUUAUCCAUGAGGAUGAAGCAUUAGAUCUGAAGAUGAAGGCAGUUGUAGAGGAGAAAACAGA